AGCUGCAGGGUCAGCCUUUCACAAAUAAUGUUAGUGAGGAUUUUAUUCAGCUGAUCCCAAACCAGUGCAACGGGUUCAAGACCACACCCACUCAGUUCUGGUUCACAUUUGCGGACGGAUAAUCUAAACAUUCAAUUGAUAGGAGUGGAGUGGAGUAACUGUUAACCGAACUCAUCUAGCCAGUUGCGUUGCUUUUUAUUUAGCCCCGUGAGAAAGUUUCCGCAGCUGCCUUGUACAAGGCUGUCGGUAGUGGCAUUCCGACAGCUGCGGUUCGUGGCAUGUGGGGCAAAUGCGUUCUAGCUGCUGCUGUUGUCUGAUACAGACAGUGUCGCGAUGAGUGUCCUGGCUCACAUCACUGUCACACGGAGCUAGCCACCUCCAAAAUUAUCCAUCUACGAGCGACGAAAGAAUGAAAAGAGAUCCUUCUUUUGCUGCCUGUGAAGUGCAGAAGAAACAUACGAAUAGAUGAAGAUGAAGAAGGACAUCGACACGAUAAUAGCUGAGGAAAGAGCGGAUAUCAUCUCAAAGUAUGACAAGGGCAGGCACAAGGACCUUAAGAUCGACCCCUGGGAGGAUGGCGAUUUCAGUAUCUACAAGUUCACUGACCGCUUCGGUUUCAAACAUGAGAAGGAACUAUCCACACCAAGUGCAUUGGAGGACAAGCAAAGGGUGCUUGAGAUUGUGAGGGUGGACAAAUGGGUGAAGAUGGUGAAGAAAUGGGACAAGUACAGGAGCAGUGAUAAGAUGGUGAAGCGUGUGUAUAAGGGUAUUCCUCUCCAGCUCCGGGGCCAGGCCUGGGCACUGCUGCUGGACGUGGAGCAGGUCAAGAAGGAGAACAUGGGCAAGUACGAGAAAAUGAAGGAGCAGGCAAGCAGCUUCUCCACGGAGAUCAAGCAGAUAGACCUGGACGUGAACCGCACCUUCAGGAACCACAUCAUGUUCAUGGAGCGCUUUGGAGUCAAGCAACAAUCCCUGUUCCAUGUGCUGGCAGCCUACUCCGUGUACAACACGGAGGUGAGCUAUUGCCAGGGCAUGAGCCAGAUCGCCGCCAUCCUCCUCAUGUACAUGAACGAGGAAGAUGCCUUCUGGGCCCUGUCACAGCUGUUGACCAAUCACAAGCAUGCAAUGCACGGCUUCUUCAUCCCGGGGUUCCCGAAGCUCCAUCGGUUCCAGAACCAUCACGAGCAGAUCCUGUCCAAACUCCUGCCCAAGCUGAAGAAGCACAUGGAAAGGGAGCAGAUGUCAACAGGGAUCUAUACUACCAAAUGGUUCUUGCAGUGUUUCAUUGACAGGACUCCAUUCACGCUGACUUUGCGUCUGUGGGACAUCUACAUCAUGGAGGGGGAGAGGGUCCUCUCAGCCAUGGCCUACACAGCCCUCAAGCUGCAUAAGAAGCGUCUGCUGAAGAUGAACUUGGAGGAUCUGCGGGAGUUCUUGCAAGAGGAGAUCGCCACCUCCUACUGUGUCAGCGACGACCUGGUGAUCGAGCAGCUGCAGGCUUCCAUGUCUGAGCUACGCAAGAUGAAGCUGGACUUGCCACCUCCAGGGAAGGGUGAUGAGCAGCCUAAGGAGCCGCUAGGUCUGGAGCGCCCUAUUCUACUGAUCCCAGUACAGCCCCCGUGUGUGGCCCCCCAGUCCAGAAGUAACAGCCCCGCCUCCGAGGCUCAGCAGCUCCGGCAGAACGUCAUCUCUCCAGACAAAACUCCCUCUCCCAGCUCCCAGCCAGAGCUGAGGACCCUGGGGCCCGUCGACCCCUCACCCCUGCCCUCGCCUGACCCGGUGCUCGUGCACAGCCAGUUCCUGCCAGCGCCAGAGGAGCAGCCGUGCGCAGGCCCUCCUCUCCGUUUGUCUGCACAGCGGCCCAGUGCGGUGGCGAGCGGGCAGAAGGAACCACGGGGCCCGGUGGACCCCGGCACCGUCGCCUCUGAGUGGCCCCCGCCUCCCUGCCAGCCCCUGGAGCCGGACAGGCGCAGCGCGCACUCCCUCAACCUCCCGGAUCUCCCGCCGCCCCCUCCGCUCUACAGCGACGACCCGCCGCUGCCAGCCCCCUGCCUGGGCUUCACCACCGGCCCCAAACCCCUGGGGCUUAUCCUCGAGGAGCCGGGCGCCCGCAUAGCGCACCUGACCCACCGCUUUCCCACAAGCCUCGGUGUGCCCUCGCCCAUGGGAGACCGCCGGCCCUCCAACACGUCGCAGUACGACAACCUCUCAGAGGGGGAGCCGUUGGCGGACACGGAGGACGAGCAGGAGGAGGAGGACCGCUACCUGGAGAAGCUCCUGGAGCAGGCGGCCUACCUGCCCCGCAGCCCUCAGGAAAUGCUGGGGAUUGGCGGCCUAUCUCCACCCUCACUCGUGGAGGACAUUUCAUCUUACCCUCUCCCCCCGCCCCCACCCAGCUUCGGUCCCCAGGACGAGUCCACCCCUCUGCCGCCCCCACCUUCAGGCUUCAGCACCCCUCCGCCCCCCAACCUCCCCCAGGAGCUAGAGUACCAGGGCGAGGACAGCUGGGUCACCCCGGACUCCAUGUUCCUCUCGCCGCCGCCCUGCUUUGCAGACCACCUCUCCCCGACCCCCGCUCCGGCGCCUCCUCCUCCCACUGGCUUGUCUCCCCGGCCCUGUGUCCACUCUGCCGGCAGAGAAGCCCUCCGCUUGGUGGGUCAAGCCCGCUGUGGGCCCCCCUUAGGGCUGCGCCUGCCUCCAAAGCCUCCAAAGCCUCCACCCUCCUCCCUCAAACCCACUGGACAACUCACAGCCGAUACGGACUUCUACCGCCUGCAUGCACCUAGCCACCACCUACCAAAGUCGGUGACCUUCUAGAAGCCAUACUAGUCUGAAUACCAAUGACCUUCCUUUGCUUUUUAACAUCUAUUUAUACUGUGUGUUACCUUUUCAGUAUGUUAUAAAAAAAAGAGUGUAUUGUUAUGUUUUUGGUUUUUGUAAACAGCAUUUUCUUACUGAAAGUUUUAUAAAUAUUUCUCAUUCAGAAGCUGGACUUGUAUGAAGGACAUUUUAAUUUUAAGACUUGUUUGUCUGUAGAGACUUUGGUAUUUGUGUGUGUGUGUGUGUGUGUGUGUCUCAGUGUUUAGUAUGAGUAGACUCCCUUGAGUAGUAUUAAUACAAGCAGCACUGAGAAAUCACAUCACCAUAUCAGACUGCAUUGACUCGAACACGGCGCUCCUCUGUGAAGCCCAAACUGGUGAUCUCCCUCCACCCCUUGCCUGCCUGGAGCUGUGAGCAGGCUCACCGCUGUCCUCGCCGACUCCACAGCCAUGCCUGUGUUCGCAGACACCCACAGCACUGCUGCUCCUCAUGCACAUCGUCAUGGAAGUCACACCUUUUAAAUAUGCACCACGGCACACACACACGCACACAACCUAAUCUGCUCACACUUCCUGUUUGUUAGCGAGUCAGCUAUGAGCAAUACUUCCUGAGUUCUGCAGUCAUCCUCUUUUUUUUCUCUUCAAAUUGUGAAUAUAGCAUUUUUGUAUGUUUUGUUUUCGUUUUGAUACUACAGUGAGUUUUGUAGGGGGAAAAGAAACAGGGAUACUGUAAGCCAAAUGUAAAGACUGAAGACCGUUAUAUAUAUAUAUAUAUGAAGAGAUAAUUUAAUAUCGGGUAAAGAGGUGCACUUUGUAUUGAACCAAGGCGUCAACCAGGGGGACGUCCAAGUAGUGUGUAGAUGGGGAUGAGUGUGCUCCCGCUGCCGUUAUCAGCGAUAACCCACACAAGUGUAACAGCCAAGUGCCAUUUCUGAAGCAAUAGCGCCACCUGGUGGAAGCAUCAAUUACUGGUUUACUAAAAUCAUUGUUUUUUUUUUUCUUCUCUCAUGUGGUUCCUUAUGAAGGUCAGUUAAGGCUUUAUUAAUUUAUAGUGUUUUUACUAUUAUUUCUUUUGUUCUCGUGUGUGUACAGGAAGUAUUUAAGUUUUAAGCACGAGUGUCUCAGGGGCAUCUUAUGAAGGAGAGAGGAACUCCACCCCGAAGGCUUUCCUCUGAACUUUUGAAUGGUGUUUUAUUACUUAAGAGAAAGCUUUACUUUUUCUGUAUGCUUGCUGUGUGUUCUUGAGGUUUGUUUUUGUUUUAAACACAAGAUCAUCUGACACCGUUUACAAUCAUAAAAUAUACAUAUUUUA